AUGUUUCGACCUGGUUACUGGCCCGACGACCCCAUGGAUGGAAUCCUAAAUGCCGGGAUGGCGCGUCCAGGUGCUGCAGCCCGUCGCUUCGAUGAAUACUAUCGCUGCUACCCAGUUGCGAUGCUUCCUGGGCCCGAAAGAGAGAAUGUGAACCAUGGUGGCAAGGUCAUCAUGCCUCCCAGCGCAUUGGACAAGCUCACUCGACUUCACAUUACUUAUCCGAUGUUGUUCGAGCUUCAUAAUGGUGCUAAAGAGAAAAUGACACACGCCGGUGUACUAGAGUUUAUUGCUGAGGAAGGAAAGAUCUAUCUGCCGUUCUGGCUGAUGCAAACACUACUAUUGGAGCCUGGCGACCUCCUUCAAAUUAAAUCAACCGACCUCCCCCCUGGCCAGUUUAUUAAACUCCAAGCACAGUCAACCUCCUUCCUCGAUAUCAGUGACCCGAAAGCUGUGUUAGAAAACGCCUUCCGGAAUUUCUCAUGCCUUUCCAAAGGUGAUGUCUUCACUUUUGCCUACAAUGAUCAAGUAUAUGAAAUGGCAGUGCUGGAAACGAAACCUUCUGGCUCUAAGAAUGCCAUCUCCGUUCUAGAGACUGAUUUGGAGGUUGAUUUCGCUGCCCCAGUCGGAUACGAGGAACCACAGCGAACUAGUGGAACCAGCACGCCUGGCAGCGUUAUUAGCGGUGGAAAGCUUCCUGCCGGUGGACUCUUACAUCCCCAUGGCACCAUGGCACAAUCGAUCAACUAUCCCGCGAUUGCUCCCGAGGCAACUGCUGCCGCUACAGGUGCCCGCGCGGCAUCCUCCAACUUUUUGUCUGCAGGGCAGCGUCUGAAUGCCAAAAAGGGCACCAAGGCUCCUACUCCUAAUCCUUCCACACCCACCCCUGGUGCCUCGAGUUCUUCACAGCCUCCAGCCCGCAGAACGAAUGGCCCGCAGCCACUCCGACUCCCGCCCAAUCAGCUCUUCUUCGGGUACACAAUCACACCCGUUAAACCACGCGAUGAGAAUGGGCAGAUUGUUCCAGAUGAUCAACCCAAGUUCCAAGGGAUUGGACAAACAUUGCGAGGAAAGCGAAAGGAUUUGAGUGACUCUGCUACGGCUUCGGGGAGUGAGGCUGAAAGCCAAAAGGGCAAGGAAAGCACUAAAAAGUCCGACAGUGGUGGCCGGACUCUGGGAAAGCGCUAA